ACCACAGAAGGACAGUUUUCUCUCCCCCCACAUUUCAGGUGUGCUUCGCAUACACUCAAUUUGAUCUCAUGCAAUGACAUUGACAAAUGGCUGUCAUCCAGUGACUCAAAAUGUGUGUACAGGAGUGCAACGGCAAAGUGUGCUGCUCUUUGGACAAAGGCAAGCCGUUCCACCUUGGCCUCUGAGAUUGUUGAUGAAAUCUGUGGGAAAAAAAUGAUUGUGCCAACAUCAACAAGGUGGAAUUCCUUCCACGAUGCCUUGUCCCGUAUCAGUGACAUCCCGGCCCAAGAUUUGAAUACACUUUGUUCUAGACUGGACAUCAGAGCCCUGACAGAGCGUGAACAUCUAUUCCUAAAGGAAUACUGCAGUGUUUUGAAACCCCUGACAAUAGCACUGGAUAUAUUGCAAGGAGACAGCUACUAUGGUGCUCUUCUACCAACCCUGGAGACCCUGAUGUCCAGGACACUGGCACUCCAAAAUGGACUGUCGAGGAUGACAGCUGACCUACCUGGUGUGAUUGUACAGGCUAUCAAGACGCGAUUCGCACCGGUGUUGGAGAGCAGGGAAGCUUUAUUGGCUGCCUUGACGUUGCCAAAAUUCAAAGCUCGAUGGAUAGGGGGAGCGGAACGGAAAGAAGAGGCACGUGCGCUGCUCAUUGCUGAGUGUCGCACUCACACUCUCCCCCACGCUGCAGAGCAGGCUGAGAAGAAAAACCAAAAGCACAGCAGCGUCAAUGAGAAGGACUUUUUCUCUUUUGAUGAGGAGCAGGAAGACGCAAUGUCCUUCAGCGCAGACUCGGAGGUACUUGAAUACAUGAGAUCAGGCUCAGAGUUAGAAGUCCUCAACAGUUUCCCCCGAGUGAAAGCUGUGUUCCUGAAAUACAACACUGCCACACCAUCCAGUGCACCGGUGGAAAGGCUGUUCAGCCUGGGAGGUCUUGUGCUUACCCCCAGAAGAAACAGACUUUCAGAUAAACAUUUUGAAAGACUGCUCCUGAUGAGGUACAAUCACACAUUUUGUGCUGAAUAGGUUACCUGCCACCGCCGCCACCAC